AUGAAGUUGAUAAAAUCAUUGAUUAGAUCUAUUAUUGCAUCUCCAAAAAAUAUAUACUAUGAUCAAAACUUAAAUAUACAAUUGGAUUUAUCGUAUAUUAAUUCUAGAGUAAUAGUAAGUUCAGCACCGACAACUUCAUACAUUGAAUCAUGGUAUAGGUACCCGUUAGAAGAUCUUGUGAAGUAUUUAAACUUCAAGCAUGGUGAGAAAAAUUGGAUGCUUUUUAAUUUCAGAGGUGAAGGACCUGGAUAUGAAGAUAAACAAGUUGAUAAUAGAGUUCGGCAUUUUCCAUUUCCUGACCAUUAUCCCCCGACAAUAAAAAUUUUGAAGGAUUCUGUGUUUGCUAUUGGUCAGUUUCUAGAUUCGAAUGAUGAGCAUGUCGUUGUUUUACAUUGUAAAGCUGGUAAAGGUAGGUCAGGAACUAUUUGUUGUGCAUUUUUAAUUUAUGAUUCUUUAGCCAAUUCUAAAGAUUUGAGUGUUGAUGAGGUUAUUCUGUGGUAUACUUUGAAAAGAAUGAGAUCUUUUGGAGGUGAUGGGGUUAGUAUUUUGAGUCAACGGCGGUAUUUAUUGUAUUGGCACAUAUAUUUGAGAGAUCCUGUUGUUAAAUAUAAUUAUGAGAAUUGGGUACGGGCUAAAGAUUUAGUUAGAAUUACAAAAAUUGUGUUAAUUGAUUGUUCAAAAGAUGAAGUAUUAAUUAGUUUGUCUGAAUAUGAGUUGGUACAACAACAAGAGGGUAGGACAAACACAAUUGUGAAAAUAUUACUAUCUUCGUUACAUCUGAGAAACUGCAAUAUAGGUAAGUAUGAGAAUAACUUGGUAUAUGAUUUUUUUAAACCAAUUCCUGUGAAUGAAGAUGUAAUGAUUGGAAUAGGGCAUUUUUGUUACAUUUGGUUCAAUAUGUUUUUUGAAUCGCAACAUAAUUAUGCUAGAAGUGAAGUCAAAAUUGCCCCGUUCGACCGAGAUGCUGAAUUGAAAAUUGAUGCUGGAGUAAUCAGUUUUAAUUGGGAAGAUAUUGAUGGCUUCAAAGGUACGAAACAGCAAGGUCUUAAAGUAUUUAAAACGAUUGAGAUUUAUUUUGAAAAAUAG